CGAUCUUCCCACCGGGGCUUCCCAAAGUGCUAGGAUUACAGGCAUGAGCCACUGCACCUGGCCUGCCCUCUGUUUUUGCCCUUAUUCAUGCCACAGCCUCCCUCACCAGACUCUGAGCUUGUGGAGGGUAGGCUGUCAUCAAGUGCUGGCUGGACUUUGCUGGCGAUGCCCAGAUCGUGUUGUACCUCUCUGAAUUAGUUUCAUUCACCAGACCCAGUGCAGGAGAGGGAACUGCAGUGCAAACACCAACAGCCCUUGGACCUGAAGGUCCCUGUGUGAGGCAUUACCCAAACUCCUAGCAGGGACCAUGAACCCAGAGAUGGGCAAGCUAACCUGUGCCCCAGCAAACUGGGGUGGGGACGGGACCCACCACCGCCCCACAGCUCUGAGACGUGGUGAGCUCUGUCCUGUGUCUCCUGCGUGCCCUCCUCCCCCCACUCCCCAGCAGGCCACACCACCCGACCUUUGUUCAGGCUGGGUCCUGCUGGGAAGUCCUUCCACUUUUUCUUCCUGUUAAAAUCCUGCUCUUCCAGGAAGGUCUGUCCCACCCAGUGCUCUAGCGUCCCUGCCAGGACAAGGUUCUCAGUUCUCUCCCCUCCAGGGAGCUCAGCCCAUCUGUUCUGAGCUCCAGGUCUCAUCCCCUGACCCCACUACAGACAUCCAGGUUGAAGGCCCAGGGCUGGCCGGGUGUCUCUUCAGUGGAGGGUGGGAACCUGUCCCAGGUGGUGGCUGAGGCAGGCCCUAAGUCAUCAGCCAGGCCCUCUAGACAGACUCUCUCAGCGCCCCUUGAGUGAGGGCCUGGGGUUCUAGCCACACAAGGCUCUGCAGCCCAGGCAGGCUGGAGAAGCAUCCCGGGCGGCUAGGUCUGGUCGGGCUCUUUUAGGGAGAGGGAUGGCCACUCCCGGAGGUGAGCACCUUCAGAGCAGAGGUGCGGCGGCUGCACCCAAGCACAGGACAAGGGGCCGUGAUCCUGGGGUCUUGGCGUGCCCAGCCCCAGCAUGCCACCUGGAAAAGGUGGGAGUUCUGGAAGCUUCCUUCUGCCCUGGGACCAGAAGCCCCCUCCUGCUUCAAGGGAUCUCAUGGGGGCCACCAAGGCGAGAGCCGCCGCCACCGCCACCGCUGAGCGGAUUUGAGCAGAAGCUCCGUUUUCCUUCUGUUCUUGUCUCUCUCUCAAGGGCCAGGCCACAGGGCUUGGGAUCAGUGCCCCGCAGCCCCUCAGCCUUCAAAGGCCGCGACGCCAGGAGGAAGCUAAAAAUAUGCGGGGAGAAUUUCUCAUUACAGAAUAAAUUGGACCCAAUCCGCUGCCUGCCCUGCUGCCAGCAGCCUUCAGAAGCCCCAUCUCAGCUAGGCAAGGAUCAGGCGGCAGGGGUCACGGGGCGCUGGGGCCUGGGCAGGUCACAGGCUCCACUCUGGGUGGGAGCCCGACCGCUGUCCAUCGGCCCACCUGCGAAGCACGGAGCUGGGGUCCGGGGCCUGAACACAGACCCGUUCUCCAGUGUACAGACACCACCAGCGUCCAGAACUUCCCAAGACAAAGGAAAUGUCCCUGCCUCCACCAAUCGCUGUCCAGAGCAGGAGCCUCUGGCUCCCCACAGACGAACGUCGUGCCUCAAGCUGCGGACACAAGCCGGCGCUGCAAAGAACCCAACACAUCCCGCCUUUGAGGCCACAUCCCCAGCGCCCACCCGUCCCUAUUUCACAAGCAGAGAAGCCGCGCAGUGA